AUGAUUCUGAUGGAUGAGGAGGGAAGCAAAAUUCAUGCAUCUUGUGUGAAGAAAUGGUUUUCAAAAUUCCAAAGCUAUCUUAAAGAAGAUAGUCCAAUAUAUGUUAAGAAACCUAACGUAGCACCAAAUACUUCAAAAUUUAAGUUUGCUCAUCCGGAAAGUAAACUUACCUUUAACCACGAUACAACUGUAAAAGAUUGUGACAACUUUUCUGCAUCUGCACACGGCUUUGAUUUUGUUGACUUCAAUACUAUCAUUUCAAACAACAUGGAGGCAAAGUCUUUUGCAUUUAUUAACAUUGAACAGUAUUUAAAUUUCAAGGAAAAAACGGUGAUUAUUGUUGGUACUGUUAAGGGAAUACGUCAAAACAUACGUUGGUAUUACCUUGCUUGUAGCAACUGCAAAAAGUCAGCAAGAGAAAAAUCGACUUCUACCGAUAAGGUUGACGGUUCUCAUGAAGUGGCCGAAAUCGUUACUUAUGAAUGUACUAAUCAAAUAUGCAAAAAUAUCAAAAUUUCGGUUAUUCCAAGAUUUAAAAUCCUACUUCGGGUUCAAGACAACACAGGAACCUUGACUUUAACCUUAUUUGAUCAAGAAGCAAAGAAGUUAUUCAAAUACACAGCUAAAGAGUUGUAUGAUAAAAACAAGAAUCUUGGCAACAAUUUGGAUUUGUAUCCAAUGGAGUUGAAGGUUGUGGUGGACAAAAAAUUGGCAAUUAUAAUUGAUAUUACAAGUUACAAUGUGGAUAAUAAAAGUAACAUUUAUGGGAUAACAAGAUUAACUGAGAAUGCAGAAAUAAUUGAUGAACUGGAAAAAAAGAAUCUUAUUCCACAGCCUGCCAAUUCUGAUUCAUUCAUGAUUGGUUCUUUGGAUAUUGUCUCCCAAGAGACCAAAGUUCUUAAGACAGGUGAAAAUUUAACACCGUCUGCUAUAGACAAGUCAACUGCAACAAGUCCUAUAAAGCUGAUUUCCACACCAAAUGAGUUGAAAAGAAACCUUGCUACAUCCAUAGAUCUUGAUGAAAUGGAUAAUUUGUCUACUUCUAAAAGUACUCGAUUGUCACCACCAGAUGAACAAUCAAUGCCUCUUUUGGUACCCAAUAAAGAAAAGUAA